GCGGCUGGGUACCACCGGGAGCAUCACUCAGCACGAUGGACAGAAUGAAUUUUCUCUCCUUCCUCCUCCUUUGCUUGACUUCGGUUGCCAGUGGCAACAAAGCCAAUAAGCACAAGCCGUGGAUCGAGACGGAGUACCAGGGGAUCGUGAUGGAGAACGACAACACGGUGCUGCUGAACCCUCCUCUGUUCGCUCUGGACAAAGACGCUCCGCUGCACUACGCUGGGGAAAUCUGUGGCUUCCGGGUCCAUAAUGGUCCCUCUGGUUCCGGCUCGGUACAGUUUGAGGCAGUGGUUCUGGAUCGCUCCACCGGUGAGGGUCUGGUUCGGUCCAAGGAGCCGCUGGACUGUGAGAGUCAGAGAGAGCACAGCUUCACCAUCCAGGCCUACGACUGUGGAGAGGGUCCGGACGGGGUCAACAGCAAGAAGUCCCACAAGGCCACCGUACAUGUGCGUGUGAACGACGUGAACGAGUUCUCUCCCGUGUUCGUGGAGCGGCGCUACGAGGCUUCGGUCCCAGAAGGACGUCUGUUCGACCGGAUCGUCCGGGUCGAGGCUCUGGACGCCGACUGCUCGCCGCAGUACAGCCAGAUCUGCUUCUAUGACAUCAUCACGCCCAACGUGCCCUUCGCCAUCGACAACGAUGGAAACAUCAAGAACACGGAGCCGCUGGAUUCGAAGCGUGAACGUGUUCACACCUUCUGGGUCACCGCCUUCGACUGCGGGAAGAACCGGGCUCAGGCUGACGCUCAGGUCGUGGUGACGGUCAAACCAUCCUGCAAACCCGGCUGGAUCGGAUGGACCAAGCGGGUGGAGUACACUCCCGGGUCGGGCAGCAUCCCGCUGUUUCCCAGCCUGCACCUGGAGACCUGUGAGGAGACGGUGUGGAACAUCCAGGCCACCGUAGAGCUGCAGACCGGACACAUCGGGAAAGGCUGUGACCGGGACAGCUACUCGGACCGAUCGGUCCGCCGGCUCUGUGGUGCGGUCCGGGGAGAAGUGGACCUCCUGCCGCCUCCGUCUCCUGCAGCCAACUGGACCUCGGCUCUGCCCACGCUGCCCUCCUCCGACUCAUCCCUCGUCUUCUCCUUCAACGGGUCCAAUCACGUCGCCGUGGUGCCGGACCCAGUCGUCUCCGCGCUGUCAGGUGACCACUUCACCCUGCAGCUGUGGAUGCGAAGGGGCGGAGCCAACAUCCAGCCCGCCGCCACUCAGACCCGAGGAAACCGCAAAGAGGAGGAGACCAUCGUGUGCAGCACCGUGAAGAACGAUGACUCCUUCUCCCACUAUUCGUUGUCCGUCCACGGCUGCCGCCUCUCGCUCUUCUACUGGCCCGAUGUCUCGGCUGCUCGGCCCGUAAAGUUCCUGUGGAAGCUGGAGCAGGUGUGUGACAGCGAGUGGCAUCACCUGUCGCUCAGCGUCCAGUUUCCCUCCGUGACCCUGUACGUGGACGGCGUGACCUUUGACCCCGCCCUCAUCCAUGACAACGGCGCCAUACCCAACCCGGCCGCCCGCCAGAGGAUGUUCAUCGGCGCCUGCUGGGAGCCUGAAGAGAAGCAGAGGGAGAUCCUGAACAACAGCAUCCCUGAAGGCAGAGACUCAGUCAGGUAUGUUGGGGGUUACCACGGCCUGUUGUCGGGGGUGACGGUUCGACCCGGCAGCGUGGAGCCUCACAGUGUGGUCGAGUGUCUGUACGCCUGCAGGGAGGGUCUGGACUUUGGAGACCUGGAGACGCUCGGCUCCGGCAUGAAGGAAUUAACCAUUAAAUACUGCAGCGUGUGUCUGGUUCCUGUCAGUGGUUCAUCUGGUAAAUGGCUGCUGUGUUUCCGGGUCAGUGCUCAGCAGAACAACCGAUGUUUCAACGAGGAGAGCUGCCUGUCUCUGAAACAGCUGGAGGGUUACCUGGUGGUCCUGCAGCCCGACGCCCCUCAGAUCUCCCUGUCAGGUGUCGGACCUCACCUGGCCCGGCCCGCCCCCGAGUUCGAAGGUUCCCGCGGUGUUCCACUGUUCCCGGAGCUUCGGAUCGUGUGUUCGCUGUCUCAUGCUGUGAAUACAGCAGCUCAGGGGAUGGAGGGGGGAGCUCUGAUGUCCGACGCUGUCGCUCACACUUUGGACGGCUGCGAGGUCCAACCUCUGGGGGAGGAGCUAAACCCAGAGAGGGAGGAGCUUCUGGUGGACAUGGACGUGGUGCGAGAGCGAGGACUAGAAAUCAUCAACACCACUGCUUACAUCGCCAUCACAGGAGCUGAAUCCAUCUCCGUGUACGAGGACGUCCUUCGUUCAGUCCGGUACCGUCUGGCCAAAGGCUCGGCCCGCUUCGAGCGGCGGUUCCGUCUGUCCUGCUCUGAGAUGAAUGGCAGAUACACCAGCAACGAGCUGACCCUGGAGGUGAACUUCCUGCACUCUCUGGACAGUCUGUAUCAUCCGUCUCACCUGUUGGCCUCCCAGCAGCAGUUCCUGCAUCCGUCGCAUCACGCUGGAGAGCUGAGCGGCCACACUCUGCCCAACCCUCACCGCAACUCAGGUGUUCAUCUACGCAGCAGCUUGUAG